AUGAUGGCCGAAUCCAGCAUCUCGUCAUCCACCGACGUUCUCAAACGAACAUUCAUAUCCGGGUGUCAUAUUCUUCAUCACCACCGUGUUCUUGAUGCAUACGGCCAUAUUUCUGUUAGAAACCCGCGCCGCCAUGAUACCUUCUUUAUGCCGCGAAAUCUGGCCCCUGGACUCAUUUCCUCGGCCGAGGAUAUUUUGGAGUACUUCGUCGACGAUGCUGCGCCCGUUGAUCCCCUCAGUCCGAAUGGGUAUGUUGAACGCUUCAUCCACAGUGAGAUUUACCGAAGGUAUCCGGAAGUUCAAAGUGUGGUCCACAGCCACGCUCCUUCCGUGCUCCCAUACACUAUAACAGACGUCGAAAUGAGACCUUGUGUUCACAUGAGCGGCUUUUUGGGCCAGUCAGUCCAAAAGUUCGAUGUUUCCCAAUUUUACGCCAAAGAUGAUACACGCGAUCUCUUGAUCCGAAAUAAGUCUUUGGGUGCCCGCUUCGCAGAAUCUUUCUCUCGUCCUGACCAGACACUCCACGGGCCUGUCGUGUUGAUGCGUGGGCAUGGUUUCACAGUAAUUGGAGGAAGCAUCGAGGAGAGUGUCUUCCGCGCUAUCUACACUGCGGAGAAUGCCCGCAUUCAAACAACAGCCAUGGCUAUCGAUGCUUCGGACAGAGGACGCGAGCCGGAUAAUAAAGGAUUGCACUAUCUUCAAGAUUCAGAGCUAGUUGAUACGACCGAAAUGACGAGGUGGUCAGUUAUGCGGCCUUGGAAAUUGUGGGUACGCGAGGUUGAGACAACUGGCCUGUAUGAGAAUUCGGCUUAA